AUGGUUUCACCAUGCCUCUUGUGGGCGGCCAGCGUCGGCUUCGCACCAAAACCAACGCGUUCAUCGUUUCGCUUCUUCUGUGACAUCAGAGGUGGCUGCAAUUGGCCUCGACCCUAUGCGUCCUGGGCGGAUUUUAUAAGGUGGCUCUUUCAGUACGCCUCUAUAAUGAACCUGUGCAGCCUCGUACUAGAUCGGUAUAUGGCUAUUGUAAAGCCACUGAAAUACGUCAACUUCAUGACCACGCGACGUAUCACUAAAUUAAUAUUUUUUUCUUGGGUUAUCCCAUUUUGCUUUGCAAUUUUUUCUGUUUUUAUGAGUUUAUAUUUAACAUUUUCGUUAUGUAGGAUAGUCUUAAGCGUAUGUUGCGCGCUUCUUGAGAUUUCCUUCAGCUGCAUGUUAAUUUUCUGUUUUAUUUCCAUGGCAACAGUUGUGUACAAGCAAACGCGAUCAUCAGCCAUCUUGGCAAAACAGUUACGUUUCAACCACCAAGGUUUGACUUUCAACACUCAUGACAAAUCAGCAGUUGUAAUGUUGGCAGUUGUGGUGGUCUUCGCCCUGGCUUGUUUCGCAACUUACUUGCGCUGUAGCCUUAAGUUAUUAGGAAAUCAUACAAAUCUACACCUUUCGUGUAAAAGUGUCGUUAAAUUUAGAAUACCUAUGUUAGUUCUGAACUCUGCAAUAAACCCUUUGGCAUACGCCUUUUUCAAGCAUGACAUUAAGAGAGCCUUAAAAGGGAAAAAACGCUUCCUUAUGAGGUUGGUCGAUUUAAAUUCAUGAAUAAUUAGGGCUAGGAAACAAAGAUGCUUAUCAUUUUAGCCCUUAUUUAAUUUUGACCUGUAACAUGUAUGCUCCAAAUAAACUUAGUGAACGUGUAGGAGACAUCAUUAUUUACAAAAAUUGUUUUAGUUAUUCAAAUUUGCAACGGGAGAAACAGAAGAACCAAUGCGUUUCUGGUUGCUCGCGUUGUAGCCGGCCCACGUAUCUCUAAACCAUUGGUAUAAUAUGCAUGGAGGCGGUUAAGAGUGUCUGCGGCGCGAGCUAGCUUCUGGUUGGAACCGAACUAUCAAAAGAUGACGUCAGCAUGAGUUUCACUGUUUACUCCAAGUGUUGUGAUGUAAACUAUAGGCAUUUUUGUAAGGAAUUCCCGUUCGUCAAUAUUACUUUAUUUUUCCUCGACCUCCGGUUGAUAAAGGUUUUAACAACUCCUCUUCAGAGUAAAAUUCACCUGUCUCGAGUGUUUUGAUUGAUGGCUGAUUAUAAGACAAUUUUAAAUAACCAUGCAUCGACGAGACAAUACUCAUUAAAAAUUAAUUAAUAUCGUACAUUUUCAUUUAAGAUUGUUACCUUGCCUGAUCAACAUUUUUGGAUUAAGAAGUAGCAAAAACACGAAAUAGAAAAGUGAAAACAAUACCAUAGUUAGCUAAAGUUUUCAUCUGUAAUGUCAAAUUUCAAAGCAAAACGUAUCAUUUGAAAAGAUGUUUGAAAACCAAGGGCUAAGCCCCUGAAGCCUUGUACAUGGCUACACAGUUUUAAUCGCUUAAUUAAUAUCGGUUAUUAGAAUUAACAACAGGUGUAGUCAAGACAAAACAAGACUCCGGAGCGGUUUGUGGCAUUUAAUAAUGGGAGCCUGAAGUCUCCAUAAAAUUGUCUUUCGUUGAGUUAAGCUUGAGUUUUAUUCAAAUGUAAAGAACGAAACUGAAAACCGACCCUUCUAAUUGGUCAAAAUGCUUUUGCUGCCCCACAAUCAACUUAGUGAUCAAAAAUUGACGUAUCAGAUAUAUCAUGUUCGUCAGAUAUAAGGCGCAAAUGUUACAAUAUAAAAUAACCCAACCGGUUUCUUUCAAAGACAUAAACUUCAACGCCCAGCUAAAGCUCUGUUCCGAAUAUAAAAUGAGAACUUGGUUUUGGAUUCUUGGUUGGAUUCUGUCCAUUUUGACGAUAGCGGGAAAUGGUUUCACCGUGCUUCUUGUAAGCAGUCGGCUUCGGCUUCGCACCAAAACCAACGCGCUCAUCGUUUCACUUGCGGUGGCAGAUUUCUGUGUUGGGGCGUUCGCUGUUCCUUCACUGUUCUUCUGUGAAAUUAGAAGUGGCUGCAAUUGGCCUCGACCCUAUGCGUCCUGGAUGGAUUUUCUAAGGUGGCUCUUUGCGUACGCCUCUAUAAUGAACUUGUGCAGCUAAGCACUUGAUCGGUAUAUGGUUUUUGUGAAGCCACUAAAAUACGUCACCAUCAUGACUGCGCAAUGUGUCAACUUACAUCAAUUUCUUCGGUUAUCCCUCUUUGUCUUGUAAUUGUUGCCGUUUUCAUGGUUUUUUUUUAUCUAACAUUUUCUUCAUGUAGAAUAGUCUUAAGGGUAUGCUCUGCGCUCCUCGAGAUUUUCUUCAACUGCAUGCUCUAGCUUGUUGCGCGAUUUACUUGCGAUGUGGGUUUGUUCAGAUUUGGGGAAACCAUACAACUCACCUUUCAUGUAAAAAUGACUUCAAAUAUAAAAUACCAAUGUUUGUUCUAAACUUGGCCAUAAAUCCUCUGGCUUACGCUUUAUUCAAGCGUGACAGUAAACGGGCAUUAAAAGGACAUUAACUUGCCUCUUAGGUUGCUCGAUAAUGUACAUGUAUACUCUGCAGCGUUUCCGAUAAUGCGAUCCAGGGUGGAUAAAGGUUGGGCGGUGAAACGAGCGCUCCGGUCUUCAUUCAAUGUGUGAUGCGGAGUAGGACUGGCACGAGCGCUCUUUCCGCGCUUCCAGUAUGCUUGAAGGCCGGCGAAGUUUUCCUUUUGGGAAACCGGAAAUCCUUUUUUCUUUCUGUGAUUUUAGGUUACAAUGUUAAAUACAUAAAUUUGUUUCAUAACAAUAUUAAUGAACAGUUUCAUAUGUUAAUGUUUGUAUGCCUAAAAGUCAAACUUGUUGGUCGUGUAAUGCCAAAAUUUAAAGUGUUGAGUGCCUUCUCCUUCCGCUAAAUAUGACCUAAUCGUCUUUCGCCGUUUCGUUUGCAAAAGCUUAACACUUCUUAACCGUAAUUUUUACAUAUGUUAAAGAGGGAUAAAUUUUACAUAACAUAACAAAAAAUUAGCUUGAUAUAUUUUGAUAUAGUGGCGUUGUACUACUUCAAACAUUGGUUCUCGGGAGCAAUGCGCUAAGGCGAUUCGCGCAAUGCGUCGCAAAUCCGACAACCGCAUGUAAACAAAAUUUAUUGAGGUUAAUUGUAAGGUUUUUUUCUCCGUUUUUCUCUCUAAAACAAAACAAAGUAAACAGUUAACACUGAGGGGAAACUAAUUUUGAAGUUCCGAAGAAACACAAAGACGUACGAGAUGUUUUUUUCAAAAUUAAAAAGAAGGAUGAUGGUGAUUGAAAUAGCCCUUUUUACAGUUACAGUUGGAAACGAGGCAAGAGUUGACCUUAUUUUUGACACAACCGUUCUUGCUUUAUUAUGCAAAACUUGUUGUUGUUAUGCUAACUAGUAUUUUUAAGCAAAAUUUCAAUUAGAAAAGGAAGGAGGCUUAUAUCAAAACAAGGUCAACCUCAGCCUCACGUUCACUCAAAGGCUAGGACACCAAGCCCACAACUGUAAAAUGGCCUAUUAGCAUAAUUACACUUUGCACGAGCUGCACGCAUUUAUAAAAUACAUGCGUCAUCUAGUUAUGAAAAACCAUCUGCUGUCUUUUAGUUUUGCCUGGAUGAUAUGGAUGAGAUUUUCCUUCGUGUUUUAGACAGUAUUUAGUUGUUUUUGUUUUGGAAAAACAUCGGCAUUGGCGUAAUAUAACGAAAAUGUAAUUCAGUGGCGGAGUCAUCGAAGUAACCAGAGAAACCAUUUGAAAGGGAUGUUUGUUUACUCCAACUAAACCUCGCGCAAAAAAUUAGCAACAUUUGCCUCUUGGAGACAGCGUACCAGAAAAAAGGAACGAGGAGGAAAAGUGUAAGAAAACAACUCAAUUCUCAAGCCGCCAUAAUUCAGUGAAAGCGGCAGUGUCUAAAGGACAAACCACAUCGCAAGCCCUGACCGAAGUCGAAUUCUAAACAGAGUCCCAGUCCUCAGCAUCACACCUUUUUGCUAGGACGCGCUCGUUUCACCGCCCAACCUUUAUCCGCCCUGCGGUGAUGAUUUAAGGGCGGCGUUUUUUGAAAAUGACAUUUCUUGAAUAAAUGAUAAAAAUUACCAUAAAUCAUCUGUAAAUAAUAUGUAAAACAGAAGGACGUUUUCAGUUUAAGGUUCCAAAAUGUCUAGAUGGAACUAUAGGUAUAUAUGUGCCGCCGCAAAGGGUAUUGGUUUUUGGACCUUUUUGGACGUCUGAAAAAGGGUUCUAUACACUUUAACCAUUUUGGUCUGGAAUCGGGUAUGGUUUUCGAGGGAACUACGGAAGCGUAUGAACGUAUUUAUCGUUUCAAUUCCAAAUGAAUAAGAACGUAUUAGAAAUAUGGAAAUUCGAAGUACAUUUGAAGAAUGUUUUUGUUUGCCCUCUAAUCUAAGUAAUGAUGACAAAAUUUUUGCCUUACGGCCAGGUCUGAAAACGGGUAUGUAUUUUAGAGGUCUGGUCUGAAAACUGGUGUGAAAAAUGACAUUUCUUGAUCUGAAAUAGGGUCAGGAUUUGGACAACCGGGCGGCACGCUCCCCCCAAGAAUUUCCAGGAGUACCCCCCCUCCCCGGGUUUCAUCUAGACAUUUCGGUCCGUGUGCUUACCAAGCAGAGACGAAAUUUAAAAAAAUGGCUGCAACAAUGACAAACAUGCAAUUUUUGCCCAUCUGCAGUCCUUAGUAGCGUUGAUUAAUAACUAUCUUUCACCGGAAACUGUAGACUGAAUAUACCCUGUAGAAUAUUUAUUGUUUUAUUAAAUGUAUGCCAUCCAAUGACGUCUGAAGCCAAAAAAGGAAGGGAAUUUCCACAAUUUGCUUAUUAAACGUUUAUUUCUUUGUUGACAUCCAACAAAGUUUAAUUCGCUCUUUCUUUUAUUUUUUUGAUUACUAUAAUUAACAUCGCUUUACAGAUGAAUCAAGCCAAAAUAAGACAGAGCGACAGAGCGGCUUAUUGCAUUUAAUAAUAGGAGCCUUAAGUCUACAGAAAAAUGUUGAGUUGUUUUUCGUUUAUUGGUCUUAAUGCUUUUGCUUUCGUGCAAUUAACGUAGCAAUAAUAAAUUGACGUACGAUAUAUCAUGUUCGUCACAUUAGGGACAAACGUUACCAGAUGUUUAUAGAAUAACCAAACCGGUUUCUUUCAAAGACAUAAACGUGACCGCACAGCUAAAGUUCUGUGCCAAUACAAAAUGAGAACUUGGUUUUGGAUUCUUGGCUGGAUUCUGUCCAUUCUGACGAUGGCUGGAAAUGGUUUCACCGUACUUCUUGUGGGCAGUCGGCGUCGGCUUCGCACCAAAACCAACGCGUUCAUCGUUUCACUUGCGGUGGCGGAUUUCUGUGUUGGGGCCUUCGCUUUUCCUUCACUGUUCUUCUGUCAGAUCAGAGGUGGUUGCAAUUGGCCUCGAACCUAUGCGCCCUGGGUGGAAUUUAUAAGGUGGCUCUUUCAGUAUGCCUCUAUAAUGAAUCUGUGCAGCCUGGUACUAGAUCGGUAUAUGGCUAUUGUAAAGCCACUGAAAUACUUCACCUUCAUGACUGCGCGACGAGUAACCCAACUAACAUUUAUUUCUUGGGUGAUUCCUCUUGGUUUUGCAAUUUGUUCUGUUUUCAUGAGUUUAUAUUUACCAUUUUCGAUAUAUGCGAUAGCCUUGAUCGUACACUUUACGAUCCUCGAGAUUUUCUCCAUCUGCAUGUUAAGUUUCUGUUUUAUUUCCAUGUUAACAGUUGUAUACAAGCAAACUCGAUCAUCAGCCAUCUUAGCAAAACAGUUACGUUUCAACCACCGAUGUUUGACAUUCAACGCAUAUGACAAAUCAGCAGUUGUAAUGUUGGCAGUUGUGGUAGGCUUCGCUCUAGCUUGUUACGCAAUUUACUUGCGAUGUACCUUUCUUCACAUUAAAGUUGUAAGAAACCAUACAACUCACCACCUUUCGUGUGAAAAGGAAGACUUUGCGUACAAAAUACCUAUGUCACUUCUGAACUCUGCAAUAAACCCUUUGGCAUACGCUUUCUUUAAGCGUGAUAUUAAAAGAGCCUUAAAAGGAAAAUAG